AUGUUACAUAGAACUUUACUGCCAGGAAGUGCUGCUCAGUUAGUUAACGGAGUUUUGGGUUCAGGAAGUGGAGUAAGGCAUGCUGGCCCUGCAGCACAUCUUUCUCCAGUUCAGCACGUGGGGCAACCUUUUUAUCUGGCUACUAACUCUCAGGCUGAUCUGUAUAGAGAGUAUUGUCGACCAACCGUGUAUGUGACAUCCAGCCUGACUCAGCCUGCAUAUAUUCCGACUACCACACAACAGAAAUAUGUUCUUGCCCCAGGAGCUGGGGGACCAUUCCCUGCAAACCAACUUCCCGUUCCUCCUCCGGCUCACCAUCACGCUUCUAACCGGUCUGUCAUGGCUGCUGCAGUUCCCUAUGCUGCUGCUCAUCCCCUGCCUGCUCACUUGCAACCAGCCACUGCUGCCCCUGCUGUGCUUCCAAGCUCUUCCAUAUCUCUCACGUCGUUUCCGGCUGCUGCCCAACCACCACCUCCGUAUGGCUACGGCGUCAAUCCUCUGAGCCCAGGAAAGUCCCAGUAUCAGCACUUGUAUCAGAUGUUUGGAGAGUAGAAGACUGUUACUGUUAAGUGACAAAAGCUGUUUAGAUUGUCACGUGAAUCAUAUCUGUACACUGAUUUGAGCUUUGUUUAUUGAACUAUUUUUGAUUUGAUGAAUAAACAAAGAAAAUGCUAGAAUUUAUAUUUAGGAAAGCUUAAUGUUCAGAAAUGGAUUAUUUUAUCUUUGUAUGCAUGUGUGAAUACACCAGUGAAGUUAUAUCUGAUGCUACUAGCAUCAUAUAGUGGGUAAAAUAUAUAGUCUGUUGUUAAGAAAAUUGAUUAUACAACAUUCAAUAAGUUUAGCUUUUUUAAAUUAUUGUACUAUUCGACGAGGCUUACACAAGUUGCAACUGUGGUAGUUAUAGUAACUUUUUGUAAGAUGGCCAUGUGUUUGGUGGAAUUUACACUAAAAUUAAUUUUUUGUUUGGUCGUUUUCUUCCAUUCUUGUAAAUUUUGGAAAUAGAAAGCAGAGCAACAAGUGUCAAUUUAUUUAACAUAAAGAAUGUGUAUUAAAAACAACGUUAAGUAUGAUAAUUCAUAAAAUGUGAAUGUAUGCGAUUAAAUCUUUGAGUUUUCAACUUAAAAUGUAAAAUGAUACAUUUAAUUAUUAUACAGAUUUUGAAAUCUGAUAACAAACUUAUUUUUAAAUAAAAAUUAAACAGAUUCUUUUCUUAGUUAUCAGUUGUAGGUAGUUGAAUACUUUCUGUGCAAAAUCUGUUCAUGAAUUUUUUUACAAAAUUGAAAUACAAGUUUGUUGAGGAUUAUUUGCUUUUACAAUUUAUAUAUCUUGCUAGGUAUAUUUUGUGCUCGUGUAAAUGUAUAUAUAUUUUUAUUAGCGGUGGAAUUUGGUGAAGAAUAAAAAUAAUGUAUAGCAGUUUUUAAUUACUGCGGUACUGGUAUGUUUAUAGUUCUUGUUGAAGUAAAUGCUAAAUUAAUGUGGGUAGUGCGUGUACAACAUAUAUAUAUUUUAUUGUGUAACUUACACUGAAGAAUCAGAUAUCAAAAGAGUGCUUGCUCUCAGCAUUCCUAAAAUGUCUUAUUGCUUCUCAUUUAUAAUUAUAUCUACACCAUAUGAUAUAUAUUCUAAUUUCUGUAAUGUUAUAUUGUGUGUUUUUCUGUGGUAUACUAGUUAAUGUUGUUAUUUCUAUUACACUAGGCUUCUUUGAUUUUAUUGUUGAAAGUUGGGUUCAUACCGGCAAUUUUUUUGUUGAUGUAGUAU